AUGGCUUUUCCUAAGGGUACACCUACCGUUUUCUAUGCUCGCGAUAAGUCGCCAUUGGGAGAAUCCGACGAUCCUCAUGAGAGCAUCGAGAACGAUGAGCCUCUCGUGAACAUUGAAUCUGACAUCGUGGGAUACGAGAGAAACAGCGAGGAGUCUAGGACCCCUUCGCUUGACGAUGAUAUAGAGAACAUCGCGCCUGCCAAACAGUCCCUUUCGCCAGAAGAGGAGGUUCGUGUUGAGCCCCCGAGGAGAAAGGCCGGCCGCCCACCCAAGCGCCGUCGUCGCGCUGAGGCAUACAAGGAUGCCCCUUCUCGACACUCACAGAGAGUCGCCUCCAUUGCUCCUUCACACAACGAGGAGGAUCCCAAGCCGGCAAAGACCCCGUCGAAGCGAUGCCCUGGACGCCCCCCCCCCCCCAAAGAAAAAGAGAGCCGUGACUGUUCAGGUUCCGCGAGCCAGCAGUCCCGCAAAGAGAAGAUCCGGUCGUGUUCCUGCUGA